AUGGACUACAAAAUCGAACUAGUGGUUGAAAACGACCUUCCCACUCUGGGCCAUCUGAUUCACUCCGCAAAGCUCGCCCUAAGUAUCAAUCGUCUUAUCUUCCUCAAUUGGCCCAAUGAGAUAUUGCAAAGCUCUCUUUACUCCCAGGCUGUGAAGUCAGGUCAUGAGAAUGCAUCUGCUGAGUGCUUCAAGGCCGUCGACAACAAUACACAAGAUAUAAUUGGGUACAUUGUGCUGGCAAGAGUGUCGCCUGAGCCCGAAGAAAAGAACGACAAAGAAGAAGACACUCCGACGCAAGUCCCGCCAGAGGGGCUGAAUCCUCCUCUUCUAGCUGAAGUUAACGGUGCCGUGGGUGGGGUCGUUAAAAGCGUACAGGAUAAAGACCACUUUGAGGUCAGAUACAUGUGUGUCAAGCCAUUCGCGCAGAGACACGGCAUUGGUUCCAAGUUGGUACAUAUUGCGCUCGAUCGGGCUAGAGUUGCAGGUAUUCCACUUUUUGUAUGCGCCGAGGCACCUUCUAUUCCGUUCUUUACUGCACUUGGAUUCAAGGAAACGGGGCAUGUCGAUAUAGAUCUGCGGAAGUAUGCGCCUGAUAACAGCGGCUUUGGAAUAUUCCGACUCGCUGGAAUGAUAUGGCAUCAUUGA